AUGUUGGAGGUACCCAUCAUCCGGGAACCUGUUCCUAGAAACUCGUCUCCAGAGGCUGCAUCAGGAGCAAAGUCGCCUACUCAGCCUCGUUACUCACAUCUACUAUAUCUGUCAGAAGCAGAGCGAGAGGUCUACACAGCCAACAUGCAAAGAUCCUCGUCAUCAUCUUCACGUUCCGUUCGCUCAAACCGAUCAGCCAGGUCCUCGGCACAGUCGCAAGUGUCAGCCUCGACACACAACACCUCAAGAAUAAGCAUGCAGGCGCCCCGUUGGGCAGAUGAUCACUACCCGCUCAUUAACACCAUCCAUCCCGAGAAUGUUCCAUCGACCGUGUCGAGGCAUCACUCGGUAUUUAGCUGUGCCCGGCAGAUGGCUCAGAUCCACAACAUGAUAAUUCGCGCACUGAACUCAUCGUGGAACUAUGCUCCAACGGUGAAGCCCUCCACUCAGGCAGCGGCUGAUUUCCUUCUUUUCAACCAACAACUCUUUACCAGUCUCGAUCACCACCACAAGGUGGAGGAUGAUUUCAUGUUCCCGGCCGUAGAGAAAUUACUCGGUCGGCCCGGGGCCAUGGAGGAGAACGUCAAAGGCCAUCAAUCUUUCGCAGAGGGCCUCGCAAUCUUCCAAAAAUAUAUUUUCGUCACACGACCGGAUGAGUUCAAUGGCAUGACGUUCCGACACAUCAUCGAGUCGUUCGCCCCCGAAUUGAUCCAACAUUUACACGACGAGAUUUCCAGCCUAAUGAGUCUCCAUGUGCUCGACUCGAAUGAGCUGAUGAAGAUCUGGAAACACACCGAGCAGAUGGCUUCCAAAGCCACCGAUCUGUACUCCGACAUCCCCUGGAGACUGGGGUGUCAGGACAAAUCUUUCACCAUUGAUGGUGCGAAAUGCACAGCUUCCAGUUCCCGUUGGAUUCUGGACGCCGUGGUGCGAAAUUGGCAUGCCAGACGGCACGCAGGAGCUUGGAGGUUCUGCCCAAGUGACCUUCAUGGCCUGCGACGACAAAUAGUCUUGACCUGA